UUUAAGAUAACAACGCCUUUUCUCGAUUAAACUAUAUAUAUUGCUCCUCUGACCUUUCUCAAAUACAACAACCACCAUCACUAACCAUUCUCACUUACAAACCUUUUUCAGUUCUUCAUUCUACAACACUGCAAUGGCCGCUUCCACCAUGGCUCUCUCUUCACCGUCACUGGCUGGCCAAGCCAUCAAGCUCUCCCCUUCCACCUCGGAGCUCUCCGGUGGAAGGAUUUCCAUGAGGAAGACGGCCUCCAAGUCGGUUUCUUCCGAAAGCCCAUGGUACGGCCCAGACCGUGUCAAGUACUUGGGCCCAUUCUCUGGCGAGGCCCCUUCGUACUUGACAGGGGAAUUCCCAGGUGACUAUGGGUGGGAUACCGCCGGACUUUCUGCUGACCCGGAGACAUUUGCGAAAAAUCGUGAACUGGAAGUCAUCCACUCUCGAUGGGCGAUGUUGGGGGCAUUGGGGUGUGUGUUCCCUGAACUGUUGGCCCGAAACGGUGUGAAGUUUGGGGAGGCGGUGUGGUUCAAGGCUGGGUCUCAGAUUUUCAGUGAGGGUGGGCUUGACUACUUGGGCAACCCAAGCCUGAUCCAUGCACAGAGCAUCCUUGCCAUCUGGGCCACACAGGUCAUCUUGAUGGGUGCAGUGGAGGGUUACCGCAUUGCCGGUGGGCCUUUGGGUGAGGUCACUGACCCAAUCUACCCGGGUGGGAGCUUCGACCCAUUGGGCCUUGCUGAAGACCCAGAGGCUUUUGCUGAGUUGAAGGUGAAAGAGUUAAAGAAUGGGAGAUUGGCCAUGUUCUCCAUGUUUGGUUUCUUCGUUCAAGCCAUUGUCACUGGCAAGGGUCCUUUGGAGAACCUCGCCGAUCACCUUGCCGACCCUGUCAACAACAAUGCCUGGGCCUACGCCACCAACUUUGUCCCCGGAAACAAGUUGGCUGGGUCUCAGAUAUUCAGUGAGGGUGGGCUUGACUACUUGGGCAACCCAAGCCUAAUCCAUGCACAGAGCAUCCUUGCCAUCUGGGCCACACAAGUCAUCUUGAUGGGUGCAGUGGAGGGUUACCGCAUUGCCGGUGGGCCUUUGGGUGAGGUCACUGACCCAAUCUACCCGGGUGGGAGCUUUGACCCAUUGGGCCUUGCUGAAGACCCAGAGGCUUUUGCUGAGUUGAAGGUGAAAGAGUUGAAGAAUGGGAGAUUGGCCAUGUUCUCCAUGUUUGGUUUCUUCGUUCAAGCCAUUGUCACUGGCAAGGGUCCUUUGGAGAACCUCGCUGAUCACCUUGCCGACCCCGUCAACAACAACGCCUGGGCCUAUGCCACUAACUUUGUCCCCGGAAAGUAAGAGAACUUACAGUGACACAGAAGAACAAGAAAGAACUUGUGAAUUUUAUGCUAUUUUGUGAAAUAUAUGCAUUGUGUCUUUCUAGAGUGAAUGUGAAUUAUAUCAUUAUAAAUUA